UGCACCAGUGAGCAGUGUUGCGACUGAAGGCGGACGACACAAAGACGUACGGCUGCCAGAAAGAUGCCGAACCAGUCAAGGAAAACUGAAAUGAGCCACUCACAGGAUGUGAUGCUCUGUGAGCAGGUCUCGCAACAUCCUUGCCUUUACGAUUUGAAGAACCCUAAAUAUAGGGACACUUUGUUCAGAGACAGAAUUUGGGAAGAAAUUGGUGCACAGUUGAAACAGGCAGGUGAAAUGUGCAAAAACAGAUGGAGAAAUAUUCGGGACUCGCAUCAGAGAAAUAAACGAGAAAGAAAGCUUGGAACAGGUUCACAUGCCUCAGCAAAACCAAGAAAAUGGGUUCUGCUUGAUCACUUGGCUUUCCUGGAGGCAGUUCAACAGGAGACACAUUGCCUCGAAGGAUGAACAACGAGUAAAGAUGUGGCUCCAGAAAAUGAGGAGUAAUUUUGUCCCCACAAAAUAUUCCAAAGUAUGUUCAAAACACUGAAGAGGAAUGUUUGGACAGAGAAAAAUUUGGACGUGUGUGUUUGAAGGUAGAUGCUAUACCAACAAUUCUUAAUUUUCCACAGCACCUUCUACCCAAAGUACCCACACGAAAACCACCUGUUAAACGAAAUUUGUCAGGUUCGUAUAUAUAACUUGUGGUUAUCAUAUUAGCUACUUUCUUUCACUGAGAAAUGUGUUACAUUCUGCAUUAUUCGGCAUAGGCUUGUACACUGAGGUGUCUGUUUCAUCUUUACACUCAGAAACCUUGACAAACCUGUGAUGACAAUAGUGAAAAAACUCAAAAUGGGCCCAUGGUGG